UCGAUCUGCGGAAAGUUCCAGUUAGGCUGUCAUCGCGCCUCCUUCCUAAUCCCUUCUGUACUUCUCUCUACCAAUGUCUCUUGAGACCGGGACCGCAGGGCUCGCGAGACGUAUGGGCGAGCUAUGAGACUGGAUGAUUACUCACGUAGCCCUCGUUAUGAGGCUGAUGGGGGUAGAGGCGACUCUCGAGGCCGGUGGGAGUCAGAUCAGGGCCGACGAGACCGAUACAGGGACGGCAGAUAUGAGAGAUCGGACCGAGAUGGAUAUAGGGACGACAAAUAUGAGAGAUCGGACCGAGAUGGAUAUAGGGACGACAGAUAUGAGAGGUCGGAUCGAGAAGGAUACAGAGGUGGCAUAUAUGAGAGAGGAGAUCGGGACGAAGACCGACGAGAUGGCUCUCGCGGACGGUAUGACCGCGGGGGAUUCGCGAGGGCGCAGCAUGACGAUUCGCGGGGGUGGUACGAUGGAGGAGAUCGACGCGAUGAGUCGCGCGGGCGAUACGACCAUGGGGACCGCCGGAAUGACUCACGGGGACGAUAUGAGCAAGGAGGAUCCGGAGGAGACCGCCACAAUGAUUCGCGCGGCCGGAAUGAGAGAGGGGGAUAUGGCGCGUCAUCCGAUCCGCAUACAAAGUCCCCAGACCCCAGAGCAGGGAGAGGUUCGACCUCAUGGAGCGCAGACGACAGGCCACCCACUCCCAGGAACUCCUGCGUCUACUGUAGAGGGGAUGAUCAUAUCAAGAGAGACUGCCCGGAUCUCAAACGGGCAAUAGAUGAGGGACUUGUCAUGCUUGAUGACCGCAAGUACGUCAAGUGGGCAGAUGAUCUUGGAGACGUAUCGAUGUUCCCUUCGAUGAAGAAGAAUGUUGAAGCAAGGAGAGUAAAGCCGAGUAAAGGAAAGGAAUCGGUUAGGAGCCAGAGCAUCAAGAUAACUUUCAAAGGAGAUAUGACAACCACACCCAUAAGGGUGGCAGCUACCAAGUCGGCUAGGGGGUCUACAUCGAAGAAGACUGACACGGAUUACGUGAUGGCGGAGAAGGAUGGACAGCGGAUCGAUGGAGAGGAGGUUAUUUUUUUACCACGAAAGCGGGGAGUAAAGAAGUUUUUGAUGAAGAGUUCGCUGGAUGAGAUUGACAUGGUCGAGCCACUGAGACGGACCCUUUGGCAGCCCAUGCAAUGCUCUAUUCUGGAAUAUCUGGUGCAUCCAAGUCGGCUCGUGACGAGUUACAGAUGAUCACUUGGAAGACUCGCAUAUCUCUAUCAGAGGAGGCUCAGGUGGCCCCAAAGGCGGAUGUUCCUACUGUAG